CUUACCAUCUGGACCCAUCAUUUUACUACACAGCACCGGGAUUUAGUUUUGACUGUAUGCUGAAAUACACGGGUCAACAACUUGAACUGAUUUCGGAUUAUGAUAUUUUGUUAAUGUUCGAGAAAGGAAUUCGUGGCGGCUUGACCCAGGCGAGCAUGAGAUAUGCAAAGGCGAAUAAUGAAAAGACACCAGAUUAUGAUCCAACACAACCAAAAUCAUGGCUUGUUUAUCAGGAUUGUAACAACUUGUACGGUUACGCAAUGUCACAAUUCAUGCCAUACGGAGGAUUUAAGUGGGUUGAGCCGAAACUAGAGGGGUUAAAUGAUUUAAACGAUAGAUCACCAAUCGGGCGGAUGUAUAAGGUCGAUAUAUCAUAUCCAAAAGAACUUCACGACAAGCAUAAUGAUCUGCCAUUCCUACCGAAAAAUAGUAUUCCACCUGGUUCAAAAGUUAAAAAACUUAUGGCGACUUUAGAAUCAAAGAAAAACUAUGUGAUUCAUUAUCGGAACCUGCAGCAGGCUAUAGCCAACGGACUCGUUGUGGAAAAAGUUCACAGAGUUGUGCAGUUUAAUCAGUCGGACUGGCUUAAAAAAUACAUAGAAUUAAACACUGAGAUGCGGAAAAAAGCGAGGAACGACUUUGAAAAGGAUUUCUUCAAACUCUUAAACAAUGCCGUUUUUGGGAAAACCAUGGAAUCUUUAAGGAAACGUUUUAAAAUGGAGCUUGCUUGUAGUGAAAAACGUUUGGAAAAACUUAUAAAUCUUACUACAUUCAAACACUGUUUUGCAGUGUUGGAAAUUUCCAAGACCGUCAUGUAUGAUUAUAAUUAUAACGUUAUGCAGGCUCAUUAUAGGGAUAAAAUUGAGCUCAUGUAUACUGAUACAGAUUCACUGGUAUACUAUAUUCAAACCGAUGAUUUUUACAAAGACCUGGAGAAUAAUUCCAAUUUACUCGAUCGAAUGGAUACAUCAGACUUACCACAAGAUCAUCCAUGUUACAUUGCUGAGCGAAAGAAAAUUCCUGGUUUGUUUUCCGAUGAAACAAAUUCAGAGGUUAUGACGCAUUUUUGUGGGCUCAGAGCAAAGUCUUAUUCAUAUAAGAUCAAUGGCAAGGAGAAGAUCAGGGCGAAAGGAAUCCGCGGGCAUGUAGUCAGAAACCAUAUGAAUUUCAACGAUCAUUAUCGCUGUCUGUUUGGUGAUACAACUUUGGAUGUGAUGACGGAGAAUGUCUCUAUCCGGUCGUUCAAUCAUCGAUUGAAGACUAUUAAAUCAACCAAAUUAACUUAUAAUAGUUUCGAUGACAAGAGGGUUAUACUUGAGGAUCAAAUACAUACCUUGGCUCACGGUCACUACUCUAUAGAGGACACCAGAACAUUAGAGCAAGCAGAAGCCGAAUUAAUACAACUUCCGGAAGCCGAGCUAGACAGAUAG